AUUUAAGACGAGAUGAUAGUUAAUAAAUGUGCCAUAUCCGCCCGGCACAUUUAUUGUUACAAAUUGUCAUUUCAUUGAGAGUUAAACAAAGCAGAUGACAAGUCAGCAAUGAGUUUUUGGGAAGUAAGAGGCGAUUGAAGCGCUGCCCCGGCCUACCUUCAUCACCAGUAGGUUUACUUCCAGCCUGCCUCUUCGUAAUAGUUUUACUUUCACCUGAUUGGACAGACCAUCUCUAMUGACAACCUACUGAAGCUUCUGAUUGGAUACUGUUAAAUGACGUAUAACACCGGAAAAGCUCGUCUCAAAGUUCGGCGCGGAAACCAAGAAGUAAUGAAACGAGAUGGCUGAAAACGGCUCAAAGUCUAAACUGAAACGGAAGAGGAGUUCCGUGGAGGAGCCGAAGUCUGGACUCGGUUCUCGAGGAACAGCGGAGAGGAGCGGCGCAGCUCCGCUGUCCAGAGACGGAGCAGCACAUCCUGACAGGUGUCGGCCGCCUGCAGCAGCAGCAGCAUGGUGGAACAUGUCGCAGCCCCCCGCUGUGGAGAGCCUGUGGGCGUUCACACUGAUGUCUGCUCUGCCACACCUGCAGAACCAGCUCUGGGACCCGGUUCCUGAUCUUCCCCUUCCUCCUGCUGCGAGACCUGCCACAGYAAAGGUAGAGGAGCAGUGGACGUAUGAUCUCUUCAGUGACGCUCCUCCCUUUCCAGAAGACGACCCACUCACCCCGGGGCUUCCAUCAGACCCAGACCCUCAGAGAGCAUCUUCUCCCCAGGAGAUUGCCCCAGUCCAGACCAGGCCUUCUGGAAAGUCAUCCAACAAAGGGCCGUCAUCUGACAGCAGACAGAGUCCUGAACAGCGAGCUGAACCUCCCAGAGCCUUCAGCAGGACUCAGAACUGGGAGAAGGCAGCUCCGUCUUCAGCAGGAGAGCCGAGGGUCGGAGGAGAACAAGAACAGUGGAGCGGACGGCUUCUAGUCGAGUCGCCGGAGGUUUCCAAACCAUCGGUUUCCAAACCAUCGGUUUCUCCAGACGGCGAGGAGGAGGAGCAGAAUGCUAGCAAACAUGAAGAAGGAGCUCUGCAGAGCUGCCCCAUGUGUCUUCAUGUGUUCCCUUCUGGGUUCACGCAGAUGGAGCGGGACGGCCACCUGGCCCAGUGCCUCUCUGAGCUGAGCGUGGACAUGACCUGGUGAGGCGACAGGAAGCUGGCGGCCGUCCUGRGGCUUCAGGCAGCCAGAUGCCCUGACAYACUCCAGGACCCGGUCAGCUGGAAGAGGGCGUKGUCAGGUUAUUUACUCCACUGACGUAGACUCAACACUCRGGGUCAGAGCUGAGUGUUGAAUUGAACUGAGAAUCURAUGGACGGCAGAAAACGUGCCCCUCGUGGUUCACACAGCCGCUGAGUGUAGCUGCUUGUUCUUCUCUAAAGGACUUUUGAAAAAGAAACGUUGGCUACAGCCGCACCUUUCAGCUUUUUGACCCACUUAGAGCCGUUUCAGGAAACAUAGUUAUCUGCAUUGAAAUCCGAGCUCAGGGAAAGCAGCUGAAAGUCCUUCAGGCCCAGCGCCUGUAUCUGAUUGGCCUGUAAAGCCAAGGAGAUGAGGCGCUUGUUCUAUUAUUGGAUAAAUUCAUGUUCCACAUGUCAGAUCUGUAAAACUGGAAAUUUUCAACCUCAGUUUUACGCCUCCAUUUAAAAAAAAAAUAAAAAAUCAUUUUUUAAGAGAAAUUUAAAAGAUGUUAUUUUUAUUCUUGAACCUGUAAUUGCAGUCAUAAAAGUAUUUUUCCAAUUUUCACACACAAGUUAUAGACAUUAUAACAAUGUCUAUAACWUACAUUGUCAUAAUGUCUAUGAUAAACAUGUUCAGCUGCUGUUGCAUGGCUCGGGGUGUAAUAUGUUCUUAAAAACAAAAUUGGAUGCACAUAUAAGCAGAGGGUCAGCUUCCAGUGUUGGGAUGGUUUUGUCACCAUGGUAACAUCCUUUAAACCGACUCUGUUUAAAAGAUGUUACCAUGAUUUUUGAAGAAUUUCUCAGUCCUUGUAGCCUGUUUAUACUUUCACCUCCAUCAGAGGCGGUUCAGUUGGACCUUGGAGUGGAUUUCUGUAAGAAUCAGCAUCGUUUGUCUGAAUCCACAGUUUAAUAUGAAUGUUUGAUUUAAGCCACGUUGGAGGGUUUUCCAUUCCAGGAUGAACGGUGAGUUCAGGCUCCUACUACACGACCACCAUAUGACCCUCACCUCCCAAGAAAUGAAACUUUUGUCUCAUCGCUCCACAGAAUAUUUUCUGGAUGUCUUUGGGUUCGCCUUGUGAAAAAUAAACAUGCUAAGUAUAUUGAAAAUGGAAAAAAGAAAAAAAAAAUGGACAAAACUAACAGAAAUAAACAAUAUUUAAAUUUCUGUCAAAGGCAAAAACAAAUGUUUUGUGAGGUUCAACCAUUUCUUGAAACAUUUGUCUUGGCCUAGUUUUUCUUUUAACCCCUCAACUGUCACCCCAAAAACACUUUCAUGCAAGUCAAUGGGUGGAUGAGGAAACCAAACCAUCGUCCUCAUGACGGGUCAAACAAAUCUUUCUCUUAAUUACUGAUCCGUUUCUUUAAUUUUGAGCCGCAUCUGCAUACACGUUGGAAUGUUGGAAGCUCUGCACAUUUUCAUUGCCUUUCUGCGCUUGACUAAAUUAUAUCAUUUUGAAGUAUCCAAUGCAAGAAAUAAGUUUAGUUGGAUAAAAACGAUCUGAUGCAUUUAUAUUUCAUAUAGUUUUUUUUUCUGAAGCACGUAGAAAGGUUUUCUGCUCAUUUCAUAAGAGUUUCCCCAGGUCUCUAUACAAUAACUUUUGUAUGGAAAUAUUUACUAUCGCAAUAGUUUUUGACAUUUUAUCUUUCACAUGGUCAAUGAGUCUUCAAUUUGUUUUCCAUUCCUAUGCUGUUUAACUGUCUCUUUGUUUGUUUGUUGCUAAAUUGUACAAAUUUUGUUUUGCCAUAAUUUAGUGAUCAUUUGUUUUCGUCAUUUCUCUAAUAAUUGUAAUUGUCCUUCCAUUGUACAUAGAAGCUGCUCCACACUGUUACAUCAAUAUAACGUGUCGCCAACACAUGAAGUAAACGUUAACAACUUUAUAUACACCACAUUUACUAUUUGUCAAAAUAAACACAAGUCAUGUAGACUUGUGUCCGAUUGAUUUAAUGCAGUAAAUCAUUAUUCGCAUCAUUUAUUUGAACAUGGUGAAAGUGUGUUUCACGAAAAUAUUUUAAAAUUCAUUGAUAUGGAAAUGUACACCGCAGGGUAAAAUGAAGUCAGAUGAUCUGUAAAGAAGUGAUUCGGCUCUGCUGUGAGGUUGAGUUCACAGCGAUCACCCUCUUCCUGUUAAUCAAGGUAAUUAGCUGAGUAAUUGGAAAGCGCUUUUAUACCAACAUGGUUUGUGUUCGCGUGUGACAGACAUACUUCACGGUGAACUUUCAUGUCAAGGCGAGUUUUACUCGGUGAUCCCUCAUCAACUGACAAAUUGACUCUGUAAGGUGCUUUUUUUUUUUUUUUUUUUUUAAAUCAGAUCAUCUGCCUCACACGGAGAACAAGUGGUCAAAGCUCAGCGCUGCUGCUGGGAACCAUUACUGAACUGGAACAUGCAGGAAGUCAUUCCAAACAACAGGAUCAAGUCCUGCCAUCGUGGCUUUAGGAAGCGGCACCGCAUGCUUUCUCAGGAGGACUUCCUUGAUGCAAUCAGCCGGGCCGUCUUUUUCUUUUCUUUUUCUUUUUUUUUUAACCACUCGGUGUUAUGUUAUCGAUUUGAGUUUGAUUGUCCUACUUUACACUCGUGAUUGAACCGGAGUGUGUGUAACUGGAUCUGAACGGGGAGGAACUGGACUGAUUUGGAUUUGUUAUUCUUGCAUUUGGUCGAGAGAUGUUCAUCAAACUGAAAUAUAAAAUGCUAAGCUAUACACUGAGCUCCUUUAAAUCAAGGCUAAAACCCGUUUACGUUGUUACUUUUAUCAUUAAAUGGAGGAAUAAGGUUGAUGGCAUUUGACAAAGUGCUUUUUUAUUUUAUAAAUGGCCGCUGUUGCAUGAUUUUAUAGUGUAAAGCACUUUGAACUGCCUUAUUGCUGAGAUGUCCUGUCAUAAAUGCUAAUUAAAUGCUAAACAGAUGUAUCAACCGGAAAACAAAAUUUUCUUUGUCAGAUAUCAGUGUGAUAAAUUCUCCUGUUUCAGGUCUACUGGCCAUAUCUAGACUCAAUUUCUGUUUGACCUGCGGAAUCAACUAAUCACUUAAAACCUUUUUGGCCAAAAGCCAUCAAGAGGCGUUACGUCGGGCCUCAAACCAUGAAUUCAGAUCUGCAUCAGAAAGCAUAAAGGAGAAUCUCCAGCUGUCAGUUUGUGACUUUCAGUUAAGAUGUUGUGACCUUAGACAUGCGUUUGAAUUAACGAGGUACAACGAUGAAAUUAAAUUGAAUUUAUUGAACGACCAUCAAGCUAAUAAUUCAGGCUCGGCUGCAUUUCUGUCUGAUCUCUAUUCCUACAUCAGUUCUUGGUGUUUUUUGGGGGGAAUUUCUGUUCCGUCUUCUCAAACCUCUGAGCCACAUUCUGGAGGUUCCUUCCUGUUAAAGGGGAGUUUUUCCUCUUUGCUUUUGCUAUAUAUAUAUAUAUAUAUAUAUAUAUAUAUAUAUAUAUACACACAUGCACAUGGUGUACGAUGUUAAUUCAUCAACUCAAUGCAAGCAAUUGUCUACUGCCGCUACGUCCAGGAGCGAACACUAAGUCGAUGCUCUGCUGGGUUUUUCCACUAAUCUGAAGAACCAACUGAGCUAAAAGCAUCAUUUGAUAACCAAGAUCAAUUGUGUGAAUGGAUUAAAAUAACGUUUGUAAAGUGCCUUCAGAAGAGAUUUGUUGUGAAUUGGUGCUAAAUAAAUGAAUUGAACUGAAUGAUUGAUCAUUUAGGUGGAGGAGCUGAAAAAAGACUGAAAACUCAAGCAAAUGACGUGGAAAUGUUUUUAUAUGAUGCUGUUGGUUUAAUUCUCAUAGAGAAUCUUGUGCAUAAGGCAGCAUGGCCUCUUCAGGUUUCUGCUUUCAAACUGAUAUGAGAAAUAAACAUUUUGAACACAA